CUUCCGUCUAGCUUGACACACUGGACAGUCAAAACAAAUGUGACGUGGCUAAUCCUGCUGGACGAAAAGAGGGACAAAGCUGGAAGAGUACGCUGUUCUCUGGGAUGUUAAUAGGCAUUUGCUGAGGCGUCAAGAUGUCGGACAGUGAAGCCUCCAGUGUCGCCGCCGGGAGUUCAGAUGUGGCAGCAGAGGAGCGGGAAGCUUCUCCUGUCCAGGUGCCGGACGACUCCUCACCACCGGCGUCUGGUGCCAACUCCACUGACAACUCAAUCGAUGUCGCUCCGACGAGGAAAGCCAGGAGGAGACCGGACGCCAAACCACCUGCCGAAAUCCAGGAGAGUCAGGAGACUAAAGCAGAGGAGCAGCCAGCAAAGGAAUCCAGUGAGUCCUCUGUGUCCCAGGGUGGAUGGGGAUACUGGGGCAGCUGGGGAAAGUCCAUCCUGUCCACAGCAACAGCUACAGUGGCCACUGUGGGUCAGGGGCUCACCCAGGUGAUAGAGAAGGCUGAGACGUCGCUGGGAAUCCCAAGUCCCACUGAGCUGUCAGCACAGGUGGAGGAGGACCAGCAUCAGCAGGGAGAAGGCAGCAGUGAGACUGAUGGAGCGGGGGAAGAUGGAGCGUCUGCAGUGGGAAGUGCCAUAGGGAUGCUGUCGUCGCUCACCAGCGUCGUCCAGAACACAGGCAAGACCGUGAUAACAGGAGGCCUGGACGCUCUGGAGUUUAUCGGGAAGAAGACGAUGGAUGUGAUAGCAGAGGGUGAUCCCGGCUUCAAGAAGACCAAGGGACUGAUGAACCGGACCUCCACUCUGUCUCAGGUGUUGCGGGAGGCGAAGGAGCGAGAGGAGCUGCAGACGGCUGAGGAGUCGCUGUCCUCGUCCGAUCCGGAGAGGAAGGCCGUCGCUCACUACGGGAUGCUGUUUGAUGAAUUUCAGGGCCUGUCCCACCUGGAGGCCCUGGAGAUCCUGUCCCGUGAGAGUGAGUCCAAGGUGAAGUCGGUGCUGACCACUAUGUCGGGAGAUGAAGUGGCCCGGCUCAGAGAGGAGCUGGACGCCAUCAAGGAGGCAUUCUCCCUGGUGGAGUUUGACGACGAGGACGUGGACGAGAAGAAAGAUGAAGACGGUUCCGAGUUUGAGAGGGAGUUAGCCGAGGCCUUGGACGGGCUCCAUGUUUCUGCCACGGCUGACAAACUUGGCAAGGCCUGUAGGAGUGCCUGCACCCAGAUUGCUGAAAUGACCAAACCCUUAAAAGAGGAGGAGGAAGGAGAGGAGGAAGAUGUAAAAAACAUGCUCCCUGUAGAGAACAUUCACGCUGCAGCCAUCAGGAGCCUGGCACAGCUGACGGCUCGCUCCAUCGAACUUUUCCACAAACUGGCUGAGACGAUCCUCUCCUCUCACAGCAGCACAGAGGCCAGCCUGCUGUCACAGCUGACCGUUGUUUUGUGUAAAGAAAUCUCUCUGCUGUCCAAGAAGUUCACCUCCUGCUUGACGACGGCAGGGUCAAAUGAGAAGGGCGACGUCCUCAAUCCACUAAUAACAGGAGUCUUCCUAGAGGCGUCCAACAGUGCGUCUUACAUCCAGGAUGCUUUCCAGCUGCUCAUGCCCAUCCUGGAGGUUUCCCACAUCCAGAGGAGAGUGGAGUCCACACAGCAGUGACCAUCUGACCGUCACCUCUCGUCACCCCUCCCUCCGUGCCAAAACGCAAAAGGACUCUAUCCAAGCAGAGCACCGACACAUUAUUAAAGUUUUAAAAACCGUCUGCCUCAGCUAUUCCUCAGUCGUGCUUUUGAGUCAAGACGAAUUCAGUUUCACGCUUGGGAGAAAAUGCGUGUUAUUUUCAAACCAUGUUUAUUCUAUGUGCGACAUCACAAUGCUGGUUUAUUCCUAAAGCACAGCAGAUUUAACAGUAUUAAGUACUGACAAGAUAAAUGUCCAGCUAAACAAGUUGUUUAGUCUGAUAGCGAAUCUUAAAAUCUUGUAUUUCAUUAAACGAGGGAAAAUUUCUGACAACUUUCUGAGGCAGUUACAUUUGGCUCAAGGACAUUUUACUUUUCUUGAACGUGAUGAUUCUGCUUUGUCUCAAGAUACUGACAUUUGUUUCUUUGAAGAAUUUGUCUCAGUACAUCAAGAUUAGAAAACAGAGUAUGGCUGCUAACUUGUUAGAGGCAGACUGUAGUUUGAAAUGGGAGGACACCCACACUAGUUAUGAUAGACAGAUGAAGUCUUUAUUGUCCCGCAGGGAAUUUAUGAUGUGCUAAAGAAUGAUGAAUGGCACUCAAUUCUCAAAAUAAUGUAACUUACAAAUAUGAGGAGUUCAGGACAACUUUAUUACCCAAUCAUAACCCAAAAUAUAAGAGUAUUUCACUUUAUCGUUUAUGUUGCUACCAUCAAAACGUUAGGUUCAAUACAGACAGACACGUCUGAGGGGUUUUCUCCUAACAUUUCAUCCUUAACAUCAGUAAGCAAAAUGCUGUGCCCUCUCAUUUCAAACUGCAUAGUGUGCCUUUAAGGUGUGUGUUUUUUUUGCAGUGAGGAAGUUCAUUUUUUAAUUUUUUUUUUUUUUUUUUUUUUUUUUAAGAAUUUUGUGGAAUUUCUGUAUUUUAGAUAGUGAUAGAGAGACAACAUGACAUGCUGCAUUAAGGACUAGCCUUGAGCCCCCAAGACGUUACCGUUUGAAUAAUGAUGGCUCCACUCUGAUCUAAAUGGAGCAAAAUCAGAUAGCCAAGCAGAGCUUUCAUUUGUUUUCAAAAUAAAAAUCUAGCGUGAAAUUUUCUGAUACAAUGAGUCAGAUGUUUUUGUUGUUUAUUUUUGGGUUUGACUCAUUUGGCAGAAACUUGGAUAUGCGAAAGUUAGCUUGACCCAAACUCUGAUCAGACUCCGCUGAGAUUUCCCACAGAGCAACUAGUUUAUCUUUUUUAGCAUAAUCUUUGUCUUCUAAUGUGUGUACACGACAUAUAAAAGUGUCAGUUAUUCCUCAGAGACCACUUGGUUUGAAACAUCUGUUGAGAUGGUAAUGUUGAUGCUAAUUGGUUUAAGGGAUCGUGAUGAGUGUCUUCUGCAAAGAUAAAUAUUUCAGGAUUAAUUUCUUUAUUGUUUACACAUUGCAAGAAAAAAGUUACUCAGAAGUAAUUCAGUCUCACUCUUCAGUGUUAAAAUGUUUUCUUUCAAAGUUAUCAUAAUCAAGGUUAACAUAAUAAAAACCCUGCAUUGAAAACAUGGGAUUAUCUCAUCCCUCAGAUUUUAUUUUAUUUUAUUUUACCUUGUUUUAGAAAACAGGAAUAUUAUACUGAAGGUGAGACUCGGUGACUGAAGAGAGUGAGGGAGUUUGUUUCUUUGCACAGGUGAACAGCCUCAGUCCAGCUGGCGGCUCAGUGGAGGGGGGCUCAAACUUUUGCGGCAGACCCCCAAGACGACUCCCAUUUGAAAUGAUUUUAUUUCAGGAAAGCUGAAAUGAAAAGAUAUUUUUGUUUGUGUUAAGUAUUAAAUUUUUUGGCAAGUAUAUUCAAAGUUGUGAUAUUAAUGCUAUUACAAUCACUCAUAUCACUUACAUUUUGUAAUUUUAUUGUAACAAGUUCAAAUGAUUUUGACUGGAGUGAAGUUGAACUGUUCCUCAUUUUGCUGAGGAAGCACCUGAGGGACCCCUGCAGGUCCUCAGACCUCAUGUUGACAACCACUUGCUGAAUAUCAUUGCUCAGUGACUUUCUGAAGGGAUGUGACACACCGGAUAUUUCCAGAAUUGAACUUGUGACCCUCCAGAUACAGAACUGUGUUUUUAACAACCAGACUCCCUGUUGACUGGAAAAUCGAAGUGGAUCAGGAAAUAUUUGAGCAAUCCUCCUCAGAGGAUGAAGUACCUUUAAUGCAGUUUUUUCCAAAUUGUCAGUCAUUUUGAACACAGCUGGCCUAUGUCUGCUUUGAUUUAGCUGUCUCCUUACUGUCAUUAUUUAACUGUUUACUCAUUAGAGUUCUGAUGAUUUCAUGUUUUUUCCCCCCUGAGUUUUGAUGUGCCAGGACAGUUUUGCUUCUCUUCUUGGAGCCAAGCCCUCUGAUAUGAAAUCAGCUUACUGCAGCUUUGAUCUGAAGUGAUCUGUUAUUUUUGGAGCAAUAUACUCAAACUGCCAGUUAUUUUUAUUUAUGUAUUUUUUUUUUUAAUAAAUAUGCUUUCUU